GUAGUGUGUUCUGACUCCUCUCCGGCUCUGAACCAUAGCGUCUGUCGGUCGUAACGGUUCUUCAGCGACCUCUCAAUUAUUAAAGUUUUAUUACAAGAAUGAAUCUCCGGUCAAUGACUACAAUGACACGCAUGAGGACCAAUGACAUGGAACACACUUUCUCUGUCCACUCCAAAAAGCAACUAAUGGACCAAUUACAUUCUGAACAGAAAGAGGCUGAUGCCAUUACACAGCCACUGCUGGAUACUGAGGCUGGAUUUAUUAAGAAUCUGGAGCUCUACCUAAAUCACAUAGACACAUCAGCCUUGAAGAAGCGUGAACUGCUCCAUAAACGCUGGACAGAGUGUGUAUGGCUGCCUGUACAAAGGAGUAUCAAACAACACUUCACACAGCAUGGCUACAAUGAGACAAAAAACAUGAGGAGCUUGUAUACACACUACAUCAACUACUGCAAUGCUAAGGGUUUUGUGUUUUUAGAUAGCUACGAUCCUCUGGACUACAACCCAUUCAUGCACCAUUUCAACAGACCACAGCAUCACAAAGUUUCUACCUCAGUUUUGCUGGAUCCACUAAAUCUUCAAUCACGAGGCAUGAUUAAAGAAAAAAUGGCAGUUCUUCGCUGCCAAACAGGCCAUGUACAUCGUAGUCAGCGGGUGGAUGAACUUCUCCACAGUUUUCCUGUAUAUCAACAUAGACUAACACAGCCACAGGCCAAAUUCUCCAGAAAUACUGCAUCAGAGCGAAUUUGGAAGGACCGCAGUCUGUGUCAACCAAGGAGGCGGGGAACUCCAUGUUUGUCUAUGGCAAAGACACAGCCCAUCCAGCCUCAAUGCUUGUCCUCUUAUGGUUAUAGACAUCAUGUACUUCCUUCAAUGGAGAUGUGCGAGUCUUUUUCUGAGAAUGGUGCUUUUGUUGUGCCUAAUUACUAUUUAAAGUGCUGUAAAUAA